AUGCGGGUUUGUGGUCACCGCUUAUUUAGGGUAACAUUUAUCUCACGAGUUGUUAAACAGGCCUCUCUCCCGACGAAUGACCCAGCACCUGUCCAAGGGUUUUAUUCUUCCCUGCAGUAUGAUGACUUUGGCGCUCUGGAUGUCCCGGAUUUAACAGCAACACUUCUUCCAUUUCAAAAAGAGGGUGUUUACUGGAUGGUGCAGCGAGAGCAUAACCAUGUUGGAGGAAUCAUGGCGGAUCACUUGGGAAUGGGAAAAACGGUACAAAUGAUUGGUUUGUGUCUUUCAUCACAUCAUUUUAACAAGGUUGUUAAUGGAACAGUUCAUCAAAAAAUGCAAACAAAAGCUGCUGGUUAUCGUCUGCUCACUGUUAUUCGACAGCUACAACGUAUAAGUGUUAUUGCAAAUUGUUCAAGGAUAAAUCGUCCAGCGAUGGAGCUUCAAUCUUUAAUGAGCAAAAUUGACGAAAAUGCAAAUCCGAAGGAUGAGGUAAUAGCAUUUGUUCGUCAAGAAGUUGAUAAGUGGCUUAAGUUUGCCAGUAAAUUUCAUCCUUUGUAUGAAAAACGAGCGACGACAUUUUUGGACGACGAGCGAAAAAGAUCCUUUGACUUGAUUGAAUCGGAGGAACUUCGAACUCUUGUUGUUGUUCCUGCAGCACUGAUGUUACAAUGGAAAAGUGAAAUUGAGUCUAAAGUGAAAUCAUCUCGAGGAUUAAGGGUUUUUUUGUAUCAUGGAGUGAACAAGUUAAUUACGAACACUGAGUUGGAGUUGUUUGACUUUGUUGUUACUACCUAUGAUACCCUAACAAAUUCCGCCCAAUUUGCACUAACACCCAUAUUUGAUGAUAAAAAUGUGUCAUUCAACAGAAAAGAAGCAGGACCUUUGUUUCAUGUGAGAUGGAAACGCAUUAUUCUGGAUGAAGCACACAUGAUUCGUCACGCUAACACACAGCGCUGGCGAGCUGUUAAAGAAUUACAGGGAUUUCAUCGGUGGGUUGUUACAGCGACACCUCUUCACAAUACUGUUGAAGAUAUUCAGAAUCUUCUUCAUUUUGUUGGCUUACCUCGUCUACCUUUACUUCCAGGCUGUAAUCCAGAGGAAGUUCUUAAUGACCCUGUUUUGCAGCGGGGCAUAGCUCGUUCAAUACAACCUGCUUUUUUGCGUCGUGGACCAGUCAUGAUCCGUAAUGGGAAGAAGGAAGUUUUGGUUGAUCUUCCUCCCAAAACAGAGAUUGUUGUGAAGAAGCGUUUUUCUAUUCAAGAAUCUAAGCAAUACAAUAGUAUUCUUGCUCGCUCGAGAACUGCAUUAGCGUCUUCGGAACGCAGGGAAGGUGCUUUUCAUAUUUUUGCUAUGAUGACGCGUUUGCGACAAGCCUGUUGUCACCCAUGGAUUAGCGAAGGCCGAGCACUAUCUGUAUCUGUCUGCGGCAUUUGUAAAAGCGAGGCGGUGUCAGCGGUAACUACCAAAUGUGGUCAUUGUUUUUGUCACGAAUGUCUUUUUUUCCGUUUUCGUGAGGCUGUUGAUGGUGAAAAUAUGGCUGUAAGAUUGCCUUGUCCUACAUGUGGGACUACUAUUACCAACAGCUCUGUUUUUAGAAACAACACUCUCACCUCUGCAGAACGUAUUGCAAACUUUAAAAAGCGCAAGUUGGAGAUGAGCACGAAACUACAAAUGGUAUUGGAUUCUAUUGAUUUGAUGAGAAAAGAAUAUCCCGAUGACAAGAUGAUUAUUUUCUCACAUUUUACUUCUUUCAUGGAUGUUAUAUCAGUGGCUCUUGAUGGGUUGAAUAUUUCACACUUACGGUUGGAUGGUACAAUGACACUGAGUAAUCGCAAUGUUGUCAUUCGUCGUUUUCAAACAAGUGAUGACGUCCGCGUUAUUCUUGCUAGCAAAACAGCAACGGGUGUUGGUCUGAAUCUUACGGCGGCAAACCAUGUAUUGGUGGUUGAUCCGUGGUGGAACCCUGCUAUUGAAGAGCAGGCAGUUCAUCGCUGCUACCGUAUUGGUCAGAAAAAGCAUGUGCAUGUUACCCGCAUCAUUAUUGAAGACACCAUUGAACAGUACUGUUACGAGAUUUGCCAGAGGAAAAAAGAAUUUGGUGAUGCCAUCUUGCGGGCUGCAACCAAGGGAGAUUCCGGUGCGUCGAUGGCAGCUUCGAAACUCAAAGAACUGCUCUCUCGCCUAAAUUAUGUUCCCGAGAAGGUCACGACGAAGAUUAAGGGAACUGAGUGUGAUGUAGUGCAGUGA